GUUUUAUACUUUACACUGUUGUUCGUCGUUUGCGUUGCGACGAGGUCGGUAUUGGCGCACCGCGGCUGUCUCCGAAGGCCAACGCCAGCCAGACGUUAUCGGCCAACUGGUUUGUUGUGGUUUGACUACGUGCCGCGUCGCCAAUGGUGUUCAACUACGGUGCUCUCGUCUGUUGACGAAAUAGUGGCCGUCAGACGUCGACGGGUCGAUGUCCACCUGUCGUAGCCGGCGGACCACUACGACGGUUGUUGCAAAGCACAGACGGCCAUGCACGGUCAGUUCGCUGGUGUCCGGUCCAUGGAAGACGCCAACCGGAAGAAGACCAGCGACACGUUACCCAAACCAGGAAAGGUCAACGCAGUGUGCAAAGAAUGGCUAGUUCACGAGGAUGGCGCAUUGGCUUACCACCUGCAAAAACUGGAAGUCGACGAACACUACAGUGGCAAUCGUUCGCGAAAUGCCAUUGUCCGUCAAGAUUUGCCGACUGCUCGAGAGGAACAGGAACGUGAAAUACGUGAAGCUGAGCAGCGUUAUUGUGCCUUCAUCAAAGAACAAGAAAAAAGAGAUCUCAAACUUGCCAUGGAAUUAGCAGGACACAUAGCCAAAAAGAAAAAUGCUGAAGAACUCAGUCUUAAGAUUGCUGCUCCGACCGAGCAUGUGCGACAAGGUAUUUUAAAAAAGCCUAGUCUCCCAGCACCAGAUAUAAGGUUAGAAGAAGAACCUAAAGAAUACACAGAGUUUGAUAUUGAUGACAUCUUACAAGAUCUUGAUUAUGAAGAAGAACAAAACCGUCGUAUUCAAGAGGCAAAAGACGCUGAGUUGGCGAGACGGCUACAAGACCAAGAACGUCCUCUAUCCAUUGAAGACAGAGAUAGAUUGAUUGCUAUUGAAACACAAGAUUGUGAAUUGGCUAAGCUCUUACAAGAUAAGGAAAAAUCAAGAUUAAAAAGAGCUCGUGAAAAAGCAAAGCAGAAAGCUCUGUUGAAGAAACAGCAACAGCAACAAUUAGAAGAACUACCAGAAAAUACAGCGCCAGUCGUCUCUCAAGAACCUCUGUCAAAUAUUGCAAUUGCCAUCGAUCCUACCUACAACCAGAGGAGAGCGGAAAAACAAUAUGACGCGCCUUGUUCUUCUUCGAGUGUUUUGCCAUCACCAUUAGUUGACGUUCCUCCUUAUAUGCCCAUUCAAGGGCAGCGGCGUAAUCAAGGUGAAAAGAAAAAAAAGUCUAAGGCUGCCGAUGGUGUUUCAUCUUUUUUUAAAGUAUUUAAAUAAAACUUCGAAAAAUAGUGUAUGUUUUUUUAUUAUUGUUAUUGUGAUAUUUCAUUAUUGAUAUUAUAUUAUAGUUGAUUAAAUAAUA